GUUAAUCAUACACACCGCAAGCUGAUGAAAGCCAUGGCUUCAAGGGCAAUCUCGUCAUUUACCACUAAACCCGCUCCGCCACAACUCCAUCAUGGCACCACUUCUCCUGCUGGUUCACUGAGAUUCCCACAACAGAGGAAACUGGCAAUGAGAUCAGUGGUGGUGGCAGGAGAAACAGCUGGCUCGAUGACCGGAGUCAUAUUCGAGCCGUUCGAGGAGGUAAAGAGAGCUGAUCUAGCCAUACCAAUCACCGCUCAUGUCUCCCUCGCUCGCCAAAGAUACGCACAAGCUUGCGAGGCAGCUGUUAACGAGCAAAUCAAUCACAUCAUUGCUAUUUUCGUGAUCUCGCCUCCUAAUAUUCCCAUGUACCUAAUUCACCUUCUUUUUUUGUCACGGGUUGGUUGUGCAGUGUGGACUGUGGAGUACAAUGUUUCGUACGUGUAUCAUGCCAUGUAUGCGUAUUUCGACAGAGAUGACAUUGCUCUAAAGGAUAUAUAUUUCAAAGAAUCAAGCGACGAAGAAAGAGAGCACGCAGAGAAGUUCAUGGAGUAUCAGAACAAGAGAGGAGGAAGAGUAAAACUCCACCCGAUCGUGUCACCUAUCUCAGAGUUCGAACAUAUUGAGAAGGGAGAUGCAUUAUAUGCAAUGGAGCUGGCUCUGUCUCUUGAGAAACUGACAAAUGAGAAUCUUUUAAACCUUCACAGUGUGGCAACAGAGAACAAUGAUCCUCAUUUGGCGGAUUUUGUUGAUAGUGAAUAUCUUGAAGAGCAGGUCGAAGCCAUCAAGAAGAUCUCAGACUACAUCAGCCAACUCAGGAUGGUUGGCAAAAGCCAUGGAGUUUGGCACCUUGACCAGAUGCUUCUAUAAAUUAAGAAAUAAGCUAUGAAGAGAGGGUUGGCAAAAGCCAUGGUAUGAAUCAGAAUCAGAACCCUCUCUUUUUCUGUAGGUUGUGUAAGAAAUUUUAGAUUGGAAGCUAUGAAGUAAUAAGAUUUAGUUCCAAGGUUGUAGAUUUGUUAUGUGUUGAAAUUAAUUUUGUUACUUUUGUACUAAAGUCGUGUAAGCAUAAUCAAUAGAAAUCUAUUUU